AUGGGGUCAUCCCAGAAUCCUGAACCAGAUAAAAAUAAACAACAUGAUGUCAAGUCAGCAAAGGAGAUCCUUAAGAAGUAUUUGCAAUUUCAAAACGAAAUUUUAGAAGCGAAUCCCGACAUGGAUGAAGAGACAGCAAUGGAUUUUGCAGCGAGAAUUUGGGAAGACAUGAACAUCAACAUAAUGAAGCCACAAGCGGAAGAAAGUAAUGAGAAUAAGGUAGAUAAUCAAAAAGUAAACGAGAAGGUCGACUACCAAGAUCAAGACGAAGAUGAUCAAGGCGAACCUUCAGACAAACACAGAAUGAGAUCAAAAUCAAAAUCAAAAUCCAGAUCAAGAUCAAGAUCGUCAAGAGGAAAGUCUAAGAGUAGAAGUAAGAGUAAAAAACAAAAGCGUAGGAGGAAAAGUAAAAAAUAA